AUGGAAAUUUUAUCUAUUUUAAAAUAUAGCGAUACUUAUUAUAAAGAGAUUUUGGAAGAAUUUGGGAAAUUUAAACAAUAUAUUCUAAAUUUUUUGAAGAAUUUUGAAGAUUUCCUUCUUGAAAAUAUAGCAUUUCAUAUUGAUAUUACUACAAUCUCAAAAGAAUAUUCCUAAUUUAUAGAAAAAGAAUUUAAUAUCUUUAAGUUUGUGAAUUCAAUAUAGAAUAAGUAUACUAUAUAAAAAAAUGAUAUAUAAUAUAGUGGAAUUAAGAAAGAUUUAAGUUAGACAAAGAAAGAAUUAUAAAAUAUAUAUAGUACUAUUUAAAUGUUUUUUGAAACGUAAUUAAAAAGUUAGGAACUUUUUUCUUGGAAAAAUGUCAUUUUAGAAGAUGAAAAUCACCAUAUAAAUAUUGAAAAGAUAAAUAAAAAUGAAUUUAGAAGAUCUAAUCUUUCUAGUAUUAAUAAUUAAUUAAAAAGAUGGUCGAUGGUUAAUUUAAUGUAUAAAAAUUUUAGAAUAUAAAAACAAAUAUUUUACUUCUAAUAAAGUAACUUUUACAAUUAAUGGAUCAGACAUAAUUUUUGGUAUAGCUUCUCUUAGUUAAAUAAAAAAACAUAAUUUUGAAUUACAAUGUGAUAUUCCAAGUGCUUAUUUUAUUAGGUAGGAUGGAGGUAUAUAUAUAUAUGAAAUAAAUAAUAGUUCAUUUUGGUUUUGGAUUAACUGAGGUUUAGUAAGAUUUUGAUGUUCCAGAAUUUAGUUCUAAAAAAGGAUAAAAGGUAAGUAUGUAAUUAAAGAAUGGAUAAAUAAUUUUGUAAAAUUUGAUAACAAAAGCAAAAGAAGAAUAUGAGAUACCAAAAUUAUAUGAUGAUUGGUGUUAUAUAUUUGGUUUAAGAUUCUAAAAUGAUUCAAUAAUAUUGGAAGAGUGA